GACGGGAGAGAAGCUUCCGUGUGGCGACGGCGGGGAAAACGAUAUGACAGCGAGGAGGCAAGAUGAAGAGCCGGGGAAGUAAAAGUGGGAAAGCCGGGAAAAAGAGAGGGGCCACAGACGUCGCUCCGUCCACCUCUCUCCCGCCGCUCGUUGAGGGUCAGCUUCGCUGUUUUUUGAGAGUGACCGUCAGUAAAAUCCUAUGGACGACCCCCAGACCCCAGCGUUCUGUCCAUGUGAGGCUCCGAUGGUGGGGAGAGACGACCAACGGGACCAUCUUCCACCCCAGGGACUCCUCACAGACUGAGCAGAAGGAGGUGAAAACCACAACCCGCUACGCUGUGCACUGCGGACCCAAACAGCUGACCUCGUACCUGACAGAUAUGGGGGCCCUUGUUUUGGAGGUUCUGACCAGACUUGACCACCUUCCUAUCGGUCGUGCUCAGAUCAGCGACAUCUCGCGGCUCUCCCCGACAAAUCCACUCAGCGGCUUCUUCACCAUUGUCUCCCCGACAUCGGAGAAACUGGGAGAACUACAGGUGUCCGUGGCUCUGGAGCCUCUGUGUGAGAAAUAUGGUGACAGUGGCUCCAUCCUCAACUCCGAUGUCAGCCACGAAACAGCUCCAUCAGGACACCGAUUACAGCCCAGCAAACUGUCUGCAGGCCGCACAAGGCCCGAGAGCAGCAGGGCCGCCACCCCCAGGGGCAGAGACCACUUGUACUUCAAGGAAAACGCAGAACCGAAUCGAGGUUUGGUUACAGGAUCCGAAGAUCACCGGAGUGAUGAAGGUUACAGAUCUCAGAGACUCCCCUCUAAGGACAAGACGUCUGUUAUUCCUAUUACACAGCAGAGACCAGCUGAUCAAACCAAGGCUUAUUCCAAUGUAACCACUGCACCUGCAGCCAAGGACCUGCUUACAGCUCUCUUGGAUCAAGGCAGCAAACUGAGAGAUGCUAUGGUUGAAUCAGCUCUGCGAUUAGACCCCCAGACUGACAUCGAUGUGGAGUCAGAGCGGCCCCCUGUCUUGGUUAGAGACCAUUAUAGCUCACGGGCUCUCAGGGCAGCUCCUGAGACCCUCCCAAUGACUAUCGAUCACAACCUCCUAAAUGCCCACAAAUCUCUGACGAGCAACGGGAUGAUCCUGCCACCCGCAGACCACACUCUUCCUGAAUUAGAGCUGAACAGUGAUACCCGGGCCAUAGAGCUGCUGCUGGGCAGCUCCCCUGUGUCCAUCGGCCACUUCUGGGAUGGGACUGGCUCACCCCCCGAGUCCAUAGCAGAUAGUGACUUCUACAACGAGAGUGAACUCGGCGAUCCCCUCUAUGACCAGAGCCUGCUGGAGAACCUGUUCUACAAGGCACCGAAAUUGGAGGACAGUUCCAGCGACGUCGUCAGUGAAGACGAUCUGUCUAAAUCAAGAAGGAAGAGAACAAAAACUGUGAAAUCUGAAAAGGUCGAUGAGCGUAAAUCGGCUCCAUGCGACGCAGAGAAGGAACUCUCCUCCAGAUCCCCGGAGCGACCAAGCAAAACUGGGACAAGAUCUGAAGCGGUUGACUUGAGUGUUGAUCGGCUUGCACAUUUGGGUCGUAUGCAUGCAGUGCGGGUCAUAGUCGAAUCCCUAAAGAUCAAACCAGAAAGCGACCAGGUGACAUCCAGCAAAAUAAGCAGGAAAGGGAAACCACCACGCCCAGCACCAGCCAUCAAGCGGACUUUUUUUGUGGAAUUCCAUUUUCCAGUGUCCUCCAAGGACAAAGACGGAGAAUUGCCAGUGGCCACAGAAAUAACCCGGCUGGUGUCGAGCAAGAUCACAAAUGGAGCUGUGAAGUUCCAGCAAAGAUUUGUGUUCCCGAUCUUGUUCCAUGGACUAAUGAUCCAGCACUGGUGGAACUCCGGCCUGACCUUCCGAAUCUUUAUGAGGAAGAGCACCGAGAAAAAGCCCGGACUUCUUGGCUCUGCCAUUCUGUCCCUCCGCGAUGUUCUCCGGUCUCAGGAUCUCUCCGUCUCGCAGACACUUCCAGUGCGUUGCAUUAGAGAACAGCAGCAAUUAGAGGAUGUGGGGCCCCUGAAGGUGUCUGUAGCCGUUGCUGGAGACAGCAGAGAAUUCUCUAACAUCCCAGAGAAGGCAUCUCUGAGAGUGCAGGACGCGUCCGCCUCAUUCUGUAGACCCAACGUGAGCGUCGUGGCACCUGAAGAUCAGUCCUACACAGAGGGAUCUCCAGAGGAGCCUGUAGAGCCCAUGCCCUCAGUCCUGCCUGCUAAGCAGCAUGUCCACCACCAGACAGAGCGGCCAAAAGCACCAGAGACUGAAGAGGAGAAUGGCCUAUUACUGCAUGCUAUCCUCAUGGUGCCUGAAGGCAAGGGCUUAGUGUGCGACCCGGAGUAUUCCUCCAUAUGUAAUCCAUAUCUGAACUGCAAGCUUUUCUCUAGCCAGGAAGCCACUCGCUCCGCGGUCGUGUGGGGCAGCAACCAGCCGCUGUUCAGCUUCUCUCAGGUCGCUCCAGUCAAUCUGACAAGUCGGCUCCUAGAGAGAAUGAAGAACAAUGUGAUGAUCCUUGAAGUCUGGAAUAAAGUUCCCGACCCGACUACAGAUCAGCUGCUGGGCCUAGUAAAGCUCCCCUUGCAUCAGUUCUACAUGUCCUUCAGUGACCCAAAAAUUUGCCGUCUUCUGCUCCAAGCACAGUAUCCAGUGGUUGCGGUGGACAGCUUUGUCCCAAUUGUUGACAUGUUCAGCGGCUGUGAGCGUGGACGACUCAAGGUCCUACUUUCCAUGGGAUCAGGAGACCAAGUGGUGGCAUUGCAGAGAUUAAAAAAUGAGGAGGGAACAUCUGCAGCGCAAAUCCCAAGACCGGCACAUUUCCUGGACCCACCACAGUCAUCGGUAGAGGUGUCCCGACCUUCAGACAGCAGGACUGAUCAUGUGUUUGAGAUACAUGUGGAGAAUGUAAAGGGUCUCACUCCUCUGCAGUCCACGGUGUGGGGGGAAGCGGACUGCUACGUCCAGUAUUUCUUCCCAGCACAAUCUACAAUAUCCAGUCUAGAGCUACCAGAACAAGGCCUGAGUCUAAAGCCUGUACGUACAGCCACCACCCUCUGUGUGCCAGAUCCUGUCUUCAAUGACCGUCAGAACCAUUCCUUGGUUGCUCCAUCAGAUACUCCGGUUCAGAGGCUGCUGCUCAAUGCCUUCUCCAUGCAGGGCCUCUCUGCCGGGGGAGGGAUGACCUUUGAAAUCUGGUGCCGGUAUUAUUACCCCAAUGUGAGAGACCAGAUCGUGGCCAGAGCUCUUCUCCCACUGUCCCGUCUGUGUGCCAUGGUGACGAUGCACCACCGGGAAGAAUUGGGAAUCCAGGCGUUCUGCCUGCCACUCACCCCAAUAAGUGAAUCCUCAGCGGGCGCCCCACCACCAUCUUCAGGUUUACUGAACGUAAAUGUGACUUACAGACGCUCCGUCAGAAGCCCAGUGGGGAUGCUGGCUACUCGUAUGGCCUCUGUAUCUGUGCAGAUCCACAGGGCAUCCGGUCUGCAGGCUGCCGCCAGAGUUCUGGCACAGCAGGACCCUUCAUUUCAGUACAGCGCAGAUGUCGGGGUGAACGCUUUCAUCAUUAUCCGUCCAUCUUUCUUGCCUGAGGCUGAAGUUCGCAACACCCGUACUAUUGCUCGCAGUUUCUGCCCAGAGUUUGAUCAUCACUCCGAGUUUCCCUGUAAUCUGGUGACACAGAAGAGCAGCGGAGAAGCCUGCAGCCUGGCAGAGAUCCUCCACUCUUCUCAGAUAGUAUUCUCCAUCCAUCACCAGAGUGUGACACCUGCUAGCGGCAGCAGAGUUCAUCCAGCGCGGGACCAUCAGCUGGGAGUGGUGAGAAUCCCGACCAGAGAGCUGCUUACCAAGAGAUCAGGAAUCUCAGGCUGGUACCCAGUAAUGGUCCCCGAAGACUCCACGCUUUCCGGCACAGCCGGAGUUUUGGACAAUGUUGUAGGAGGCCUGGAGCUUUCUGUUAGCUUUGCUCACCAUUCAGACAGAGAACGUGUCCUGGAGGUUGCUCGAGGCCUAGGAUGGACAGAGGAUGAGGACGGAGACGGCAAUCACUCAGGUCAUGAUGAAUUGGUCAACCUCUCGGUCACCGUUCCCAAGAUCUGGCUUCCAGUGCGCUGCCUACUGAUGGCCGGCCACAAGCACCUGCACAAGAGCACUCACUGCUACCUGAGGUACAAGCUGUACGAUAAAGAAGCUGUCUGCUCGCCAUUAACCAGGCCGAUCUUAUCCAAAGAUGGCCAGCAGGCGACGGUUGUGUUCGAGCAGACGAGGACUGUGGAGCUGAUGAAAGAUCAGCCGCUCGUGUGGUACCUAAGGGAAGAGAAGCUAGAAAUUCAGCUCUGGCGCUCCUAUGGGAAGGACACCAGCGGGCCUAGACCUCAAGACACUGACCGUCUUCUUGGGUGUGCCUAUGUGGACCUUGCUGCCCUGUCGGAAAACACCUCGCGCACCCUCUCUGUUAGCGGCGUAUAUCCCCUAUUUAAGCACAAGGUGGCCAACCUGUGGGGGGCAGCACUGAGAGUUCACCUGUGCUUGAGCUCUGCAUAUCACCCGUCUAUAGCCAGAUGCCCAAAUUCUCCAGAGGAGGAGAGCCUUAGUGAGGACUACGAGGCACAAGAUGUCUCCGAGGAUUAUUCCGAAGGAAAACACGAAGAUCCCAUUCAGUCUAGCAAAGCGCAAAUUGAUAAAUCCUCGCAGAGUCCCGGCAGCGAGGCCACAUCCACGGAGCUGGAAAACACAUUUGCUGUGAAUAUAGUGGUGGAGCGGGCCAUGCAUCUCAGCCUAAAAGGCAGCCCCCUGACGGAGAGGGCCGUGCCCGUGCCCAGCUGCUCGGUGUCUUUCCCUGUUGCUGGUACGGCAACCCCUGUAACCACCCCAAUAGUAGACAGCACGGACUCCCCAACCUGGAACUUCCAACUCCAAACAAGAUUGAGCGAAGAACUUCUCCUGGACCCUCGGCAAACCUUAGUGUUCAAGGUGUGGCACAAAGCAGAUGUGGAACGAGUCCUGGGCUUCGCCUCGGUGGACCUCUCCCCUUUACUUACUGGCUUUCAGUCCGUGUGCGGGUGGUAUAAUAUCGGAGACUUCACUGGUCAGUGCCAGGGUCAGAUCAAAGUGUCUGUUACUCCUCUGGAAAACAUCUCGCACCUGAAGGAGCAGAAACGGCUAAGGAAUGAGGCCUCUCCAAGACAGUCCGAGGUCCUAUUGCCUCCGUCUUCUCUGUGCCCUCCCGGUGCUGCUUUGUUAGGGUCGUUCACCACUUCCCCUCUUCCCCAAAGAGCAGACCUCGCCCACGUGCCUCCUGGAGCCAGUAACAGAGAGACUAUAUUCCCAACCACACGACACGAGGAACGUACGGAGACUAUACGUCGCUUCCAAGAGCCGGUCCAGCAGGCGGAGCAGAACACUUGGAGCGCGGAGCACAUGGAUGCUCUGUCACAGUCCUCGCGCGCCCCUCUACUGUCUGCACUCAGGCGGAAUCUCGGCGAACUUGAUGAUAUCCAGAAGUAUUUCAACCAGAAGUUGUACCGCAGUCUGUCCAACACAGAACCAGCGGAAGGAACGUCGCUGCAGAAUGUGGAGCCAAAACCCCCAAGCUCUGAAGAUACCGAAACUCGUCUGCUGCUGACAAAAUCCAGUCUGUUAGUGUCCCAAGUCAGCGACCUCCUCAGCGGUCUGCAGGAACGACAUGUCUUUCGAGAACCACCUACCAUCAGCCGGAGCGAUGCUACAAGUCGCACAGAGUGCGUGGACACCAGAGCUCAGGAGCCUUCUCCUGCCCCUUGUGCCGAGAGCAACCAGAUCAUGGAUCACCAGGAGCAGUCAGAUGAUGAGAGUGAUCACCCUAGAGCAGACACUCCGCCAUUCUCUGCAGCCGGAUCCCCCACUCGUAGAGAGAAUGACUUGGAGGACUUUUUUCAUCCUCCGCUGAGAGAAGAUGAUUUCCACGCCAGCAGCGAUGAGGAGUAUGAAGAAAAUGUCAUCGAGCCAAGGACUCUUAAUGAAAUCUCCACCCUGACAGAUAGGACCAGCCCCUGGUCCAGCAUGGUCUCAGACACUGAGCCGGACUUCCUAGAACACAAGCCAAGAAAAGAUGAGACUUCUCCGGCCGACAGCCAGACCGGGGAAGAUCCCACCGAGAACCGUCAUCUGCUCUCCCAGGUUCUUUUUAAGGUUGAUCAGUCCAAUACCCUGACCUCAGAUGGAUCCAGUGAAUCCCAGAGUCCAGACAAGGACCUCCGAGCCCCAAGCUGUGCUCAGAACGACAUUGAGGCACAAGACGAGGACACCGGGCAAGGUUUACCAGCAUUCAGCGCGCUGCACAAUCCUCACCUCCAACCACUGCGAGGGGGAAGAAUCUGGAGAGGCACAGGAAACCUCCGCUGAGCUGGAGGCUGAUGACCCUCAUCUGCAUCACGAGGAAUCUGAGGACGAGACGAGAUCGCAAGGUGACUCUACUCACCCGGACAUGUCAGAAGAGGAAGCGACCGACCCGGUAGAGGGUACAAGCGGGCAUUUACUCUCGGAUCCGGUGCUUCUCCCAAACUUCUUCCUUCCCCCGGAGCACUUGGAGGCCUCCAUGAGGUUCUUGAGCCUUUCUCCCGCGCUCCCCUCCGCUCAGAAGGAUGGAGAUGACACCGCGGUCUCUAGAGGGAUCCCUUUCCGGCGUCGCCCCCGGCAGCUCCCCAGGAUGUCAAGUGGUGAACUACCGGAGGCCGAGGUCAACCGCAUCGCAAGGAUUUUUGCAGCGCAGUUUUCCAAUAAAAAGUGAGGGCGAUAUCUACAGCCUGGUCUCCGACCCUCCACAUCCGAGAGGGGUUGGGUGUGCUGUCACUUGUAGUUCUGCAGCAGCCACGCACAUAUGAUGUAGACCUUGCGGGUGAGGAUAACCCAUGUCCAUAAAUUGCACAGAUGCUUCAAGUGAAACACCGCCUCCCCAAUCACUGGAGGCCUGAAUCUGUAAACAGGAGUGGUGUAUUAUACUCCAGAGCUGCAUUCAUAAUUCUGCUACUUGUUAUUGGAAAUUAAGUUGAGUUCCUGUAAUGCAUGGGGGGGAUACGGUUAGAUGGCUACUGUGCCUGAGGUUGUCAAUGCACUUCAGAGCUAAUUCUGUGCAGAUACCGGACAAGCAGGAAAUAUUUGGAGAUUUCAGCUCUGAGGCCUUCAGGAUAGUGAAUGCAGCUCUGGAGUAUAAUACAGUCUUUAUCAUGUGACUGAAAGAGCACUACUCCUCCUCCUCGCCUGCUGUGUAGCGGCGGUGAUGCCGCCCCGCGCUCAUCGGCGCCCCCUCCGGUACACUGUGUGAUAUUGUGUAUAUAUAAUAUACAGUUGUGUAUUAUAACUAUUUAUGGCGUUUCUUUUAUAGAUAAAUUAUUUCUGCAUGGAUUUAUCAUGUCUAA